AUGGAUUUAAUUAUAAAAUGGACGGCAUACUGGAUUUAUGCUAUUGCUGUAUUCUUUUUUAUUAAUUAUUUAAAUAUUUUUUAUUCAAUUAGUACUCUCAUUGAUUAUUUAGGAAGUAAUUUUGAAAAUGGACAAUUUUUUGACUACGUCAUAGUUGGAGCGGGUAGUGCUGGAAUAACACUUGCAGCUAAAUUAGCAGAUGCAGGACAUAAAGUUGUAAUAAUAGAAGCCGGUGGUCCAGCUCCACCAUUCGCCGACAUUCCCGUUCUCGCGUCUCUGUUUCAGCUGUCAAAUUAUGACUGGCAGUACAAAACAACUUCACAGAAGCAUGCUUGCAAAGCACUAAUCAACAACCAAAGUCGAUGGCCUAUGGGAAAAAUUUUAGGAGGCUCUAGCAGAUUAAAUUAUAUGGCUUAUGUUGAAGGCCAUCCCCAAGAUUAUCAAUGGUUUGCUGAUUAUAAAAGCUAUAAAUUAAAUGGAAUUAAAGUGAUAAGUGAUUUACCAGUAGGACAGAAUUUGGUAGAUCAUAUUUUAACCGGGAUAGAUCUAGUAGUUCUAGAAAAAAAAUUAUCAGUCAGUGUUCCGGAGUUACUUAAGCUGACAUCGGGUUUGAAUUACUUUUUCAAUAAACAAGGUCCUUGGACUUCGGCUGGCAUUGAAGUUGUAGGAACACUGGCUGAAAAAAACAAACCAGAUCUCCAGUUCAUGGUAUUUGCCGAAUAUUUUGCUCCUUUGGCAUUUAAGACAGCAGUAACGAUAGCUCCAGUUUUACUGCAUCCCAAAAGUACUGGAGAAGUCAAGCUGAAGACUGCAGACCCUUCUGAUGACCUUGAAAUUAAUCCCAAUUAUUUAAGCCACCCAGAUGACAUAUCUAUUUUAAUUAAAGGUUUAAAAUUGGUCUCCAAGCUGGUGAAUACCGGAGCAAUGAAAACUCUAGGAGCCUCAUUGUACACAAGACCCUUUCCAGGAUGUGAGGGUAUAAAAUUUGGCACGGACAAUUAUUGGAGGUGUUAUGUACAGCAAUUAACGCUGACUUCAUACCAUCCCGCUGGGACUUGCAAACUUGGAAGUGUAGUAGACAAUUCAUUCAGAAUUCUGGGUACAAAAAAUUUAUUCGUAGUAGAUGCUUCUAUACUACCCUCAUUACCGAGUGGUAACAUAAAUGCAGCAGUAAUGAUGAUUGCCUCAAAAGCGGCUGAUUUAAUAAAUAAAUCGAUGAGCGAGCUCAAUCAAACUAGAAAUUAUUUUUGUCGGAAAAGUAACUACGUUAGUGAUAUAUUUAAUUUGCCUAAUGUAUGUCUCAAGUCCGCUUAA